UUUUAAUUAAGAGGGUGUAAAUAACUGUGUAGACUUGGUUUCGUCGUAAAACGUCUCCUUCUUGUUCAAACUGAAAAUAAAACCGAGAAUAUUAUAUAUCUAAAGUAAUUAAUGUGAAGGACGUCUCACCGAUGACUCACGCAAUGGCUCUGGGAAUCAUUCUAUGUUGAAAGCUCUUGGAGAAGACUUUGAAAUGUACCAGCUCAAAUAAAUCGUGCAUGAGAAGUAAAUCAAAGCUGUUUAAAGCGGAGUUUCAAUGGCAAAUAAGACCCAGAUGAAAUACUUGGAGAUCAGUGCCUCGUUGCUGUUCCUCUUUCUCGUAUCGUGCGCACAAGAGUGUUCCCAAAGACUCUCACUGAAUGAUUAUCGGCGCGAGAAUAGAAUACUUAAAUCGUACCAGAUAAACUAUUUUGAGGAUGCUCUGUCGCCUUACACUUGUGCCGAUGCUUGCCUGAGAGACCCAAGAUGCAGGUCAUUUAAUUUUAUAAGAAAUCAAGACAGCAGUGAUAUAAAAAAAUGCGUCAUCAACGACGUCAAUAAGGACGAAGCCUCAUCAGGAGCAUUCAAGGAGGAUUUUGGGACAGAUUUUUACAAUGUUGGCUAUGAAGCCCUACAAAAGAUAUUUUUGACCCCAAGUUCCUCCUGUACUCAAGAUUAACUGUUUCACAGUUCCUGACGAGCGCCGGAGAAAAGUUCUUAAUACCGAAGAUGUAAUAGAGUAGUUUAUAAGCCGGUGUCUUGCAGUGCCAUUAGUGCAUAAAGGGCAGAUAGCGAUUUUCAACGUAGAAAUCGCCUUCAGCAGAUAUGGGAUAGCAAAACGCAUUGCGAUAUCCACCAAAUAAAGAUUUAUCUAGUGGACAGCGUUAUCCAACUUUCCGUCAAACGGGGCUAGAAGUAUAAUUUAGUGUUGUGAAACAUGCAUUAUAGGUCCUCACGUUUUCCAACGCAGAUUUUGUUAAUACCUAAUUAAAGCCGAGUAAUCCCUUUAACCGCCAGAAUCAGCGUAGCAAUUCUUUAAGUGGUUGCCGUUUAUUUACUCCUGAAUUUAAAAAAAUA